AUGCUUUUUCCUGAGCUCUUUGCGUUUCUAUCGCCAUAUUCCCGAAGCUUCCGAUUUCCAACAAACUUUUUCGUAAGUGGGGGGAUUUACUUCUCAUUUCUUUUCUUUUUUUUUUUUUUUCACCUUCUUUCUUUCUUCUUUUCUUUCUUUCUUUCAUCUUUCUUUCUUUCUUUCACCUUCUUUCUUCUUUCUUUCUUUUUUCUUUCUUUCUUUUUUCUUUCUUUCUUUCUUUCUUCCUUUCUUUCUUUCAUCUUUCUUUCUUUCUUUCAUUCACCUUUUUUCUUUCUUUCUUUCUUUCUUUCUUUCACCUUUUUUCUUUCUUUCUUUCUUUCUUUCUUUCUUUCUUUCUUUCUUUCUUUCUUUCUUUCUUUCUUUCUAAGCUUUAUCCGUUACUUCUUUUUUCUUUCUAUCAUUCCACAAUAUUUGCCGUCUAAUUUUCCUAUUUUUUUUUGUUUUUACUACUUCAUUUCUUUCUUUCUUUCUUUCUUUCUUUUUCUUUCUUUCUUUCUUUCUUUCUUUCUUUUUUAUAUAGAUUUUAUUUCAUUCCUUAUUUCUAUCAAAUUUACCCUUUCUUUUCCCACCUACUUCUCUUCCCUUCUUCUCCCCCCUUUCUUUAAUUUAUUUUCCUUCUGCUCUCAUCAAACCACCAUCACCCUCUUUUUUUUCUUUCAUUGUAUCAUUUUAUUUUUACUAACUUUUUAUUACUUUCUUCUGUACUCUCUCUACUUUCUUUUCGCCUUUCUUUCUUUCUUUCUUUCUUUCUUUCUUUUAUCCAUUGUGUCUUUUUCUACUUUUCAUUCUUUCCAUACUUCCUUCAUAUUUUUUCUUUGCCUUUCUUUUUUUUACCAAAAGCACGAUUUUCUUUCCUUUUCAGUCAUUUUCCCCACUUCUUUCUUUCUUUCUUUCUUUUUCCGAUUAUUCUAUCUAUCUAUCUAUCUAUCUCAGUAUGUUCUUAUCUCUUUAUCUAUUUUGGUGCCUGCCCUUGAUAAAGUUCAUAUUUCUUUUUCAGAAAAUUUGUCUUUCCCUUUGUGA